AUGCACCCGACCCUUGUGGCCUCCACAGCAAUCGAUUCCGCGCCCAGCUCACUUCUUUCCUGCUUGACAACUCCCCCUGGACUCGACCCCUUCGCCUGCAUCGAAGCCGGCCACCAUCUCUCCGCAAGCCAGCUCUUCCGUGAGAACCUUCAAGGCUUCAAUGCCGCCGUGGCGAGAGAGAGCACAACCUUCAACAUCGAUGCGCUUCUGACGACAUGCAUGCUACUGAAUAUGCUGUCUUUCGCGGGCCUGCCCGAAGCUGGUCCACCUACCUCGCGCUGGCCGUUCGUUGUUCCUGCUCCACCUUCUCCGACGUCGUCACGCCCAUUGAACUGGCUACGCAUCCAGCUCGGCUUCGGACCUCUCCUGGCUGGGCUGAGUACACAGAUGCGCGAAGGAUCCCAGUGGCUCACAUUCUUCAUGACGCUGGGCCACGAGCAUUUCUAUGACGACAGAGGUGGCACGAUCGACAUACCUUAUGCGUUUUGUGCGUUCUGGGGCAUUGAUCAGUCCAGCAACGCAGACACUCAUCCAUACCUGAAAUUGGUCCGCAGACUACUCGCCAUCCUGAAUGUUUGGCAGACAGUGGAGGAUGCCGGCGGCGGCCCAGAUCGGCACGAUGAGCAAGUACUGCGAUACUUCCAGUUCAUGCAGGGCGUAGAUGAGGCGUUCGUGACAAAGCUGGAAGCGCGGGAUAUCAAGAGCUUGGUGAUUUAUGGGUGGUUCAUGGCUAUAUUGGCUAGUGCUAGACACUGGUGGUGUCGGGUCAGGGCUGUCAGGGAAGCGGAGGGUGUAGUUCGGUGGCUGGACGUGUGGUGCUGUGGCGAUCACGAGGUCAGCAAUGUCGCGAUGGGCAAUGGAUCAGCUCAAUUGAGGGCAGAGGUGCCGCCGUGGCUACCGUUCAUUGCGAAGGCUGUGGGGUAUGAGCUGAAGAGCGGUGCUGAUACCAGACAGCGAGUGUCGGUGAAUGUUCAGUAA